AUGGGACGGAUCUAUAAGACAGCGCGCCAAACGAUAGUGUGGUUGGGUGAUGGAGGCGAUGGAAGACAAGCCGCGAUUCAACAUGUCAAGAAAUUCGAAAUAAGCAACGAGAAACACAAGUUCACAGAAAAAGAAGAUCUGGAAUUGAUCACUCCAAUUUUUGGAAACCAAUGGUUUUACAGAUUGUGGGUUGUCCAAGAAGUGGUGCUUGCAAAGCAGGUGGUCAUUGCGAUCGGACAAGAUUUUGCUUCUUUGGAACAACUCUGGAAGCUUACAAGAACGCUAAGAAACCUGUUCCUAGACAAAUAUUGGAAGAUUUCGGGAACUAUAAGCGAAGUCAUUGUCAAUCUCUCUGCAAUUAAACUUUUGCGUGGACGCUAUCAGAAAGGCCUAGACAUUCCCAUAUUGGACCUGAUGAACAGGACGAACUUGUUUAUUGUGACCGAAAGAAAGGAUCGCUUGUACGCCUUGUACGGACUUGUUCAAGACGUCGAUUUCCCUGUCAAUUACAGCGACAAUUACGGCCAUGUGGAGAUGUUCAUAGAUUUUGCCAAUUGGACCUUCGCCAAAUAUGGCAACCUGGACAUUUUAUUGAUUGCUAGAGGCAUCGCGAGUGAUUGUAAAUGCGCAGGCCCGUCAUGGACACCUUGCUUCGACACGGAACUGAUAAAGAACCUUUUGCUAGUUGUCCCGCAUUUCGACGCAUCCGGUACUGGCCCCGAUGUUGAGAUUCAUGAUAAAAAGGAACUUUGCGUAGUCGGCGCUUUCGUUGACACCAUAGAUGUCGUUAAUCGCGAUUAUGAAGAUUCUUACGAUGUCAAUAUAUUACACCAGAUGGCACUGGAACUUGCUGCCUUCGCUGGGUGUUCGGAUCUUUCCGGAGACAGAUACAGGAAGCUCUGUGCGGCAUGGAUCUUGGAGUUGGACAAGGAAAAGGAAAAGGCAACCGAAGAUAACAUCAAUGAUGUAGACAAGUUUUUGAAAGGGGAACCUACCGUGGAUCUUCAGAAUCUUAUAAAGACAGCCAACUUAUGGCAAGUGGGUCGUCUCCCCUGUUUGACGACAGGUGAUCGGUUCGCCUGGGCUCCGAAGCAUUGGGAUACGAAUAUUUUAGAUCGUGGCACACGCUCGGGGGAUCGGAUUUGCAUAUUACAAGGCGGCCGUGUCCCGUACUUGCUCCGCCCACAGACAGAUGGCACGUACGUCUUGGUCGGAGAAUGCUGGGUUCAAGGACUUAUGCACGGCGAGGCUUUGGAGUUGCCGGGAUACAAGACUGAGACGAUCGUUCUGGUGUAA